GACGGAGAAACUCCGUUGGAAAUCGCGACCAGACUGAAGUUCAAGAAGAUCGUCAACGUGCUGAAGAAAGCGCGCUGAUGAUGAAAUAUUGUUACAGCUGAUGUUUGUGUUCAGUUACUGACAGAAUGACAAUAUGGAGGCUGCUGCAAUUUAUUUGUUACAGGACGUUGAUGUUACAUUUAUAUUAACCCAAAAUAACAUCAGCUUCAUCAAACUGCUCCAGGCUAGGCUAGCCAUUUCCCUCUGCUUCCACUUUCUGUGCUAAGCUAGCGGUUUUCCCUGUUUACAGUCUUUGUGCUAAGCUAAGCUAACACUUCCCCUCUGGUUCCAGGCUUUAUGCUUAGCUAGGUUAGCGGUUUUCCCCUGGUUCAAGGCUUUGUGCUAAGCUAGGUUAGUGGUUUUCCCCUGGUUCCAGGCUUUGUGCUAAGCUAAGCAAACACUUCCCCUCUGGUUCAAGGCUUUGUGCUAAGCUAUCGAUGGUGCAGUUUGCUAAUGUAGCUCAUCUAAGGUAACACUGACGGCAAUAUUGGCUAGCACUUUCUUAAUGCUAAGCUAGGCUUAUCAUGGCUUGACAAGAGUACUGUUGAUAAUAAUAGUAAAAUUUAUUUUUUAAGAUGAAACAGAAACAAAUAAAAGAUCAAUAGAAACAAUCUGUAAGUAAGAAUGUAAAAUAUAAAUAUUGAUGCAUUUCAAAUUAAAGAUUUCUUUAUUUCAAAAUAAAAUUGAUUAUUAACAAAAACACGUUAUUUUGUUUAUGAUGAGAUUCAUUGUUUAAUGAAAUCUGGUUCAUCAGAAAUACAAACAGAUUAAAAUAUGAUGUAGAUAACUUUAAAGGAUUAGCCCCGCCCACCACAAUUCAAGGCAUGUGAUUGGAUUGGCUACAGAUUUUCACAAUAAGAGUUCCACAAAUAUGAGUUUGUGUGGCUGAGGCAGCUCGCAGGUUCACAAAAUAAAAUCACAGAAUCACAGUUAUUUUAAAUGAUUAAAGUUUAAAAUGUUUGUUUAUGAGUCAACAACCUCACACACACCGCCUCUGUAAACAGCAUGUUAGCGUGAUGUUAAUACACGCUUUUAAAAAAA